AUGUUAAUGAACAAAAUAUUGAAGAUUUCUUUUUUGAACCGGAUGAACUUCCUAAAGUUCCUGAAGAAACAAAAAAAAUCAAACAAUGCCUUGAUAUCGUUCGUGAUGAAAUUAGCACUUUAAGGCAACAAUGGAAUUCAGCGUCUUGGGUAAUGACAGCUAUUGAAUGGGAUCGUCAAAGAACAAUGAAAUCUUAUAAUUUUGGUAGUCGAUCAUUAUCACACAAUUUUUCUAGAAAAUCUUUACUUUCGAAUCGUUCUACUUCAAUUCGUAGUUCUAAUAGAGAAAGUGAUAAUUCAAGUAUGGUAAAAGGAAAGGGAUCUGAUACCGCAUCUCAAAUUGAAACUCUUCGAGAUACUAUGUACCAUGCACCUGAUCGUGCAUGGAAUAAUAUUCGCCUUCUAGGGGUUAAUCUACCAACGUCCGAUAUUAAUGAUUUUGUAUUUGUAAAAAAUAAACAAUCUAAUAGUAAGCAAAAGAAGCAACCUAAUAAGAAAACAUCCAAAUCUCAAAAGAUGGCAGCCAGCAAACCUAUUCCACCUAUUCUAGCAUCAUAUUUAUCAACAUUACCGUCCGUCUCUUCGAAAAAUCGGUCAUCAACAUCAUCAUCUGUUGAUAAUCAACAAAUUAACACAGUCCAUGCGACACAACAUCGGUCAUCAACAUCAUCAACUGUUGACAAUCAACAAAAUAACACGGUCAAUACGACACAACAAUUAAGAAAGAAAUCUACGAUAAUGAAAACUCUUAGAUUAGGUAAACGUAGCCGACAAAAUAGUAGCGAUGAAUUAACAGCAACCUUCAGUCAGCCAACUAAUAAAGAUAAUAAACUUUUGGAUAAGGAUAUAAAUUCCGAAGGUAAAAAAGGAGAAGCAAUAACCAUCAACAUUUUACCACCCGUUAUACAACCUAUAAAUACGUCUGGGCCUAUUACAUUACUUACACCCACCUUUAUUGAAUCCUUGAAAGACCAUGGAGAUAUAAAUUCUGAAGUGAAUCAAGAUGUUAAUGAUUCUAAAGCUAUCGAUGAUAUUAUAAUCGAAUCACUUGAUGCUGAUGGUAAUGAUAUGAAACUUAUGAAUGAUGAACGAAAACUUCAUGCGAUUGAUGAAGAAAUCGAUGCCUUAUUAAAGAAUGAUAAUGACAUUGAGAAUAGUCCUCUUAAUGGCGAAGCAAUUACAAGUGUUGACCGUCAUGUUACUAACCAUAAUACUCUUGAAGCCAAUGACAUUCCUUCAGUUGUCAAGAAAACUAGCAAGUCUGAUGAUAAAUGUGUAUCUUCUGAAGGCGUGGACGAUGACAAAGAGAAAAACACUACAGGAGAAACUAAUGAAACAAAUGCAGAUACUGGAGAAAUUGAUGUGAAAACUGCCACUUCAAAUAACCUUGACUUAGUCACCGAGGACAAUGUAACAAAUGAUAUUACUGAAACUAAUGUUCCUAAUUCAGAUGAUGCUGUACUUGACGCUAUGAUAGAUGCUAUUGUUGACGUUAAUAAUGUGAAUACAAAGCAUUCCGAAUCUUCCGCAGAUUUAGAAAAACUAUUACCAAAUGAUUCACCAAAUGACUCAUCUAAUGAUUCAUCAAAUAAUUCACAAAAUGAUUCAAAUAAUUUGUCAAAUGACUCAUCACAUGAUUCAUCAAACCAACUGCCGAACACGUUAUCAAACUCUAAUUAUACUUCAGGAACAGUUACCUCUACUAAUGAGAAACCAUUAUCUUUAGCUACUUCUUCAACAGCUCAAUUACAUCAUCCUCCAUCAUCACCAACAGCAGAUUCCACCCUUGAUAAUUCUUCACAACCAAAUGUGCCUUUAGAAUCAGACUCGACAUCUUUUCCACAUUCACAUGUUGCUCGAUCAAUUCCUCCCACACCUACGACACCAUAUUUUCCAGCUACGGAAGGGUCCACAAAUUUACCAGAAUUUCCAUCAGAACCUAUAUCUGGAAUGCCAGAACAAUCAACUCCUAAUUUCAAUCCUCGAUCAGAUCCUGAAUUUGAACCGAUUAACCCAUUUUUAAUACCACCUAUGUCCACAUCAACUUAUAUUUCACCAGCAACACCUUUACCGUCAACACCUACCACACCACAACAUUCUCCGUUAUUGCAAGACUCAAGGCCG